AUGCCAAUGGAGAGGUCGGUGUCGCUGGCCGAGAGGAGCACCGCCGCCGCCGCCGCGCCGGCCAACGACCUCCGCUGCCACAGCGCCUCCUACGCCGUCUCCUACGCGCCCACCAAGGUGCAGCGCGCCAGGAGCACCACCUCCCUGUCGCGCCCCGCGGCGGCGACCGCCGUGCAGCGGAGCGGCAGCACGAGGACCGUCUCCGGCGCCGGCCCCGGCCCCACCCCGGGGCUGAACCUCCGGUGCUACAGCGCCUCCUACGCCGCCUCCUACAAGCCUUUCUCCGACGGCGCCGCCCAGGCCAAGGGGCCCAACGCCGCCACCACCACCGCAGCCACCUGGUCCUCCGCCGGCCGCCGCUCCCUCAACCUGAGGAGCUACACCCCGUCCUUCUCCGCAUUGGUCGACAACGAGGCCCCGGCCCCGGCCCCGGCCAAGACGGAUGACGCGGACGCGGAGCUGCAGAGGAAGAAGCGGCUGGUGGCCUACAAGGUGUACGACGUGGAGGGCAAGGUGAAGGGGUCGGUGCGGCGCAGCGUCAAGUGGAUCAAGGUCAAGUGCUCCCGCGCCGUCUACGGCUGGUGA